AUGGCCAACCCAAACGCUCUCUUCCUGCUUGCGGACCACAUCAAGCUGUCGCUGCUGGAGCGUCAGCGCACCAAGGCACUCGACCUGCUACAGGACACCACGGACGUCGCGGGCGACGACGGCAAUGGAUGCGAUGCCCAAGACGGUCAGAUCUCGCGGUCGCUGGAUCAGUUCCGCGACGGCCUGGAGGCGCUGCAGCGGGAGCAGACACGACUCGAGAGCAACGGUGAGGCAGGAAAAGCGCUCACAAUUGCCGAUGCGCUGCCUUCGCUGCAGAAGCAGCUCGCCACGCUGACAGCCCAAUUUCAGGGCGCGCCGCUUUCGUCGUCGUCUCCGGUGUCCUCCUCGCGCCGGCCUGCUGCUGCUGCUCCGGCGGCAAAGAAGGCGGUCCGAUUCCAGGACAAGCCGCUGCCACCGCCUCCCGGCGCUUCGGCCAGCGAUCUCGACCUCGAGGCCCAGCGGUCAGGCCUCUUCAACCAGCCGUACCACGACGAGCCUGACGACAGCAGCCGGUUCGCGUCCCAGGACAACCCCGAGCUGCUGCAGACGCACGCGCGCAUCAUCGCGGACCAGGACGCACAGCUCGAUGUGCUCGGCGCCAGCAUCAGCCGCCAGCGCGAACUUAGCAUGCAGAUCGGCGACGAGCUCGACAGCCACGUCGCCAUGCUCGAGGAGUCUGAGCGCCUCACCGACCGCCACCAGAAUCGCAUCGACCGCGCCCGCAACCACGUCGGCCGCCUCGCCCGCAACGGCAACGACUGCAAGCAGAUGGGCAUCAUCGUCUUCCUUAUCGUCAUCCUCAUCCUUCUCAUCGUCAUUCUCAAGUGA